AAAAGCGAGAGAGAGAGAGAGAAAAGACUCGCGCGGGCCAUCAGCGCCUCUCUGCUUCUUCUCCUUUUAUAAAACAACAGAGCGAGCCAUGUUUGGCGACUUGGCCUUGAAGCUGGUCCAGGAGGCCAAGGCCUCGGAGCUCAACAACACCCUGAAACCAUACAACGAGGAGCUUGUCCGGCUCGUGCUCCUCGAGACGCGCCAGCUGCAGGCCCACAUUGCCGCCGUGCUCGCUGCCGACCCGCGCGGGGCGGUACUGGGGGCCGAGGCGGCCGACUCGGAUCCUGCGCUGGCCGCUCAGCUCGUGACACACCACCUGGCCGCACAGCGAAACAAGCGCUGCCUGCUGGCCUACCACCACUCGCGACUCGGUCAUCUGCGCGCCAAGCUCUGGCAAAAGGGCGGGAGUCUCGCGCUAGUCUUUGACGACGCCAUCGAAGAAGGCCGGUCCGAAGGAGCAAGCGGCGGUGCCAGGGACGGAGCAGUGGAGCGGGGCACGCUGCGGUCGCGGAUGAGUGCAGACGAGGUUACCUGGCUCAAGCGGUACGCCCAGCUGGUGACGGCAUACAAGAGCGACUUUCUCGACGUCGUCGAUGUGGCCGCGCCCCUACAGCGAAGUGCAGACAAGGCCGACGUGGGACCGAUCAAGGAGCUCAUGGUCAGCGUCAUGGCACUGCGCGACGCGCGCGAUGUGCAGACAGAGCGGGGCAGCAUCAACCUGCGAAAGGGCGAGCGUAUGCGUGUGCAGAGGAGCGAGGUCGAGCCCCUCAUCGUCCGCGGCUGGCUCGGUGUCCUUGACGAUUAGAGCGAGCAAGCAGUGUAUGCGGACCCCUUCUCUGCCUUUCUAUGUCAGGCCCUGCGCGACGCGCGCGAUGUGCAGACAGAGCGGGGCAGCAUCAACCUGCGAAAGGGCGAGCGUAUGCGUGUGCAGAGGAGCGAGGUCGAGCCCCUCAUCGU